GGUCAUCCAUAAUUGAAAACGCAACACGAAGUGAGAUUAUUAUGUAAUCAGUCCUUGUAGUGGUAUGGGCCGGGAAACCAAUGUUCUUUACACAUUUUCUUCUCGACGAUAUACCACAAGAGAUACAACCGAGAGAGCAAAGUGAAAACUAAUUUCCUGUUUGUUCCAGUCAAUGCUACUAACACAUAGGAACGGCCAAUUGUCAAAGAAGGCAUGAAGUAUAUCCACUGACGCCUUUGGCGCAUGCGCUAUGUUACGUUUGAGUUCAGAGACGCGUUUUACAUCGCUACUAAACCUGUUACCAGCCCCAGUCAUCUAAUCCUUGUGUGCACCCAGGAAAGAAUAGCUGGGGUAUACAAGACUUUCAUGAGGAAAAAGUCGGAUUUCAGUCCUGUCGACAGAACAAGGAAGUAAACACAGGACUAAAGAUUUGUAUUUUGAUUUCAGAUUUAUGUUGAGUAAUUAAAGUUAAAACAAUAUAAAGAUGGAGUCUAUUAUUGUGAUAUUGAAUUCAUCGGUACCGGCUGAUAACUACUCAGUAAUAUCUGGAAGUAACUACUCAGAAAUACGGGAACUGUACAAAGAACCUCCAUGGAUACAAGCCCUCUAUGGUGUAAUCUUUGCCCUUGUGACUGUGUUAGGCGUUGGUGGGAACUCUAUCGUCUGCUACAUUGUGCUUGGAAACCGGCGCAUGCGCACCGUCACAAACUACUCCAUCGUGAAUUUAGCGGUAAGCGAUAUCCUCAUGGCGGUCAUGUGUGUCAAUUUUUCAUUUUACGCCGCAAUGUAUAUGACGUGGCCCUUCGGGGAGUUCAUGUGUAAAGCGGUAUCGUACAUCCAAAGCGUGUCUGUGUCUGUGAGUAUCUUUACGCUGGUGUCCAUCGGUGUGGACCGUUACAUAGCGAUAUGCCAUCCUCUAGUUCUACGUAUGGGAUCAUCACAAGCAUUGACAGUCAUCGCGGUUAUCUGGGUAGUCGCGUGCGUAGUAGCGCUACCUUCUUUAAUAUUUUCCACGGUCGGCGUAGAGGGGGACUCAACAUUUUGCUCUGAGAGCCACUGGGAACAAUCUAAAAUUUACACGUAUAUCCUGAUGGGUAUCCAAUAUUUUGUACCACUUUGUGUAUUGGCUGUUACCUAUGGUAGGAUUGGUUAUGUAAUCUGGAGUAGACGAACACCCGGAGAAACACAAGCUAGCAGAGACAAGAAGAUCAACGAGUCAAAAACAAAGCUCGUCAAGAUGUUCGCUAUGGUCGUUCUUCUCUUCGCCUUGUGCUAUCUACCAAUCCACUUCUUCAACAUCCUCCAGGAGGUCUACGAGAAUGUCCUCUACUACCGCUACAUCAAGCUGGUCUACCUCACUGUACUCCUGGCAGCCAUGAGCAACUGUGUCUACAGCCCUUUUAUUUACUGCUGGAUGAACGCCAAGUUCCGCAACGGCUUCAAGUCUGCGUUCCGAUUCCUCCCCGGCGUGCACUACGACAACCAAUGGAAAGUGGUUGCGCAUUUAGAACGUGGCAACACCGCCAUGACGCAACUGACGACGUCGCCGUCGCGUCGGCUUCGUGGUGGUCCAUCGGAUGCGAAACAUUGCUGGCCCGAGCAUAGCUACGAGUCGCUUAGCAACGGGAACGGGAGUCCUAUGAGGGACAAAAUGGUUGCCGUGUGAGCAGAUUAUGCAGAUUGGGCCGAAAACAUCACUUAUGAACAAAUAAUAAUUAUUGAAAAAAGAGAAAGAAAGAAAGAACAUACACUUUGGUAGGAUGUACGUUAUCAAACCCGUGCAAAGACUUGUGUACAAAUGUUUGCAUGAAAAGGAACACAUAUUGUUUACCACGGACUAUGGUAAUAAUGCCUUAAAACAUUACUCUCUGUAAAGAAGGGGAAAUGUUUCCACAAAUUGAUACAUAUUGGAACACGUGCUAUUGAAUACACGGUCCAAGGAUGUGUUAUCAAGGGCAAAACAUCUCUGGAAGGUUAAAUGCUUAUGUAAAAGUAUAGAGAUUAUUAAAGUUCUUAAACUCAUUCUUUAAAACAAACUGAAUAAAAAUCCGCGAUCGGAAAAUAUCAAAAUUUGCCUCUGCAACUAUAAGUACGACUGACAGCUUGGCUACUUCCAUGUCAUGAACCUGUCAAUGCACAAAGGAUUAUUGUAGAACUAUAGACAGAUACUGGAUACAGUCUUUUAUGGAACACGAUGGACGUCCCCUACCAAUAGGACAAGUGAACUUUCAGUGAACCGGCAAUGCCUUUUAGCCAUUCUGAUCAUUCUGCCACUGCAAAACACUCUAUGGCAGUGGCUAAACCGAUUUAAAGUAGUCACCCGAAGAAAAUUCACGACAACUGAUUUUCUAUUGAAAAACACGGAUGAUUUGCUGCAAAAUAAUAAAGACAGGGAAAGGCGUUAAAUGCUUUGGGGUUAGCUGUGUCUCGCAUGUGACGUCACGAAUCUUGACGCUCUACGGAGGAAAGCUGAAGGCAGAAAAUCUGGAUCUCAAAAUUAACAUUUUUGAGAGAUGAUUACUG